GUAUAUAAGGGACCGAACGCCAGGACGCCAGUAUUCAGCCCGACUCCUCCUCACAGACAAAAUGAUCUCGAAGUUGCUGUUAUGUACAGCUGUUGCCAUUGCGGCAUCACAAGCUGCGAAACUCCCAUCUAGAACCUACGGAACUCCCGGUGCAGGCGCAUCAGGAGGAGGUGGUGGAGGAUUCGGAGCCGGGGGAGGUAGUGGAGGAUUCGGAGCCGGUGGAGGUAGUGGAGGAUUUGGAGCCGGCGGAGGCAGUGGAGGAUUUGGAGCCGGCGGAGGUAGCGGAGGAUUCGGAGGCGGAGCUGUUGGAGGAGGAAGUGGAUUCAGUGGAGCAGGCAGUGGAAGUUUCGGAGGAGGAGCUGCUGGUGCAGGAAGCGGAGGUUUCGGAGGAGGAGCCCCUGGCGGAGGAUUUAGAGGGCCAUCAGGAUCUGGUUCUGGUGCCUUCGGAGGAUCUUCCGGCCCUGUCGUUCCCAUAAUUUCGGACAACCGGGAGGGACCCGAUGAGUUCGGAAACUACAACUUCAACUUUGAAACUGGAGACGGCAUCACGCGUCAGGAGGAGGGCGCCCCUCAGGGACCGACCGGUGCUGUGGCUUCGCAGGGCGCGUGGGCAUUCACCUUCCCCGACGGAACUCCAGCCCAAUUUAGCUUCGUAGCCGACGAAAAUGGCUACCGCGUGGAGUCCGACCUGCUGCCCACACCCCCUCCCCUCCCCCCGCACGCCAUCGCCCAGAUCGAGAAGGCUCGUCAGGAGGACGCCGCCGCUGCAGCUUCAGGUGGACGUUACAGUGGCCAGUCAGGCUCUGGCCAAUCUGGGUUCAGGAGCUGGUUCGGUUCAGGAGCUGGCCAAUCAGGCUUUGGUUCAAUCUGGAUUUGGUUCAGGAGCUGGCCAGUCAGGAUUCGGCUCUGGCGCUGGUCAGUCAGGAUUUGGUUCAGGAGCUGGCCAAUCUGGAUUUGGUUCAGGAGCUGGCCAGUCAGGAUUCGGCUCAGGCGCUGGUUCAGGAUUUGGUUCAGGAGCUGGCCAAUCAGGCUUUGGUUUGGGGAUUCGGCUCCGGUGCUGGCCAAUCAGGAUUCGGCUCCGGUGCUGGCCAAUCAGGCUUUGGUUCAGGAGCUGGCCAGUCAGGAUUCGGGCAGUCAGGCUCUGGUUCCGGUCAAGCACCAAGCCGAACUUAUGGACUGCCUUAGGUCAUUCUUUUACUGGACGACUCACAUGUUACAAAAACCAGGUGGCUGCAGAUCACUAAGGUCUGUGACGCGAACAAUACGCUUAUAA